AUGAAAUUGGCAAUCACUCUUAUAUUGUUGGUCACAUUAGCAUCAGCAACAUCAACAAAAGAUUAAAUUCUUGCUCUUCUCCAAACAGGAACAAAAGCUAGUGAUGCUAUUGAUACUGUAUUUGGAUUACUUAAUGAUUUAAUAUAAUCAAAUAAAGAUGCUUAAUUUGCUGCUGAUUAAAAGAACGAAACAGACGAAUGGGUUGGAGCAUAGUAAUUAUUUAAUUAAUUUUAGAACAAUUGAACAAUUUACAAAAAUAAAGAAUCUUAACUAAAAAUUAUUUUAACAAUCAAUUGAAAAUAGAGCAUAAUUUGAAUAAGAACUCUAAGAUACAAAAAAUUAUCUUGCAUGGAAUGAAUAAAGAUAAGAUGAGAUAGCAAGAAAGAUUUAAGUUCUUUUAGAUGAAUAAUGUCUGAGCAAUUAAUUAUUUGUUAGAUCAAUAAAAUAAAAUAGAGAAGCACUUGAAGUAGUGAGAGUACUUAAACAAGAUGUUGCAGGAUAUAUUAUUAAUGGAGAUUCUUUUGAAUUAGUUUAAGUUAACAGUGUUGCUGAUAAAUUGAAGCAAUACAGUAAUACAUUCUAAGAAUAAGAAUUAAAAUCAUUCCUCUAAUUAGCUAAUAAAUAAGAAGAUGGUUCUGUAAGUAGAGGAGCAACAUUAGCUGAAAGAGUAUUAUCAGUAUUAGAAUCAUUGGAAGCCAAUUUAUAAGCAUCUCUUGAAGCUCUUGAAGUUAAUGAAAUUAAUGCUUCAUGGGAAUUAGCUGGAUGGGUAUCAUUGAGUGAAGCUGAAGUUUCAAAUCUUAAAGUUGAAUAUGAAAGAAAAUAAGUCUAUGCAGACAGAUUGGCAACUGUAAGAUUUCAUAAUUAAUAUCAUUUAGUAAAUUCAAGCUGCCUUAGCCUAAUAAGCCAAAUCUAAGAUUAUUCUCUAAGAAUCAUAAGAUGCUUUAGAUUAAGCUUAAUCUGAUUUAGAAAACAAGAGAGCUGACUAUGAAGAAGCUAAGGCCAAGAGAGAUGAAGAAAAUGCUAUUAUUGAAUAAGUUAUCAUCAUAUUCAAGAAAUAAGUUGCAUCAUGGUCAGGAAGAUGAAAUCCAUCUUUAUAUUAAAUAUAUUCAAUAUUAUUUGUUACAUCGCU